AUGCCGUAUCUAGUUCAACCACCCGCGCAGUCCAUCGACGCCUACAACCCGCUGUUGACCUACACGCUCGCGGACCCCCUCCCCGCCGAGAUAAGCAUACUCCAAGACCUUCAGAAAUGGGGCUGGCAAAUCUCCGUGCAUUUCGAGGACGAAGAAAUUUAUAUCGAUGCCGCAAGGGAGACCGAGAAAGCAAUAAAGAAGAUGGGGCGCAGAACGCAGAUGAUAUAUGGCGACGUGGUGGGGGACAGUCCGAGGUUGACUCUUGAGGAAAUGUGGCAAAGGGAGGCGACUAAGAAGGAGGAGGAAAGACAAUACGACACCAAGGAGAAGGAGGAAGUUAACGAUGCAGCAAGCAUGAUGUCGAGGAUGACAGAGCAGAGAGCUUGGGUGCGUUGGGCUAAUGAGGAGGCUGGGUUGGAGCCGGAGAGUCCUAACGUAGAUAAAACCACCGAUGAACAGUCCUACCUGUCGCACGCUCUGAGUUUAGAAGAUUAUGAGGACUCAGUCAUCGACGUUUACGAAGGGCCUGCUGGCAGCCCCAAAGCCCCAGUCGGUCUCAUGGGUAUGUCCGGAUACUGGUGUCCGCCCAUUUUUCAAGCCCGACCGCAAAAGAACCCUCAAUCUCAAUCUGUUGCACCAAGCGCUGUGUUUCCAUCACGAGACUGGAAAGAGGCUCGGAAGCUCAAGAAGAAAGUUACCCGCCGUGACUCAGAACCCUCGGUGGGGAAGUAUCUGCCACUUGGGUUUGUCAGGCCCCCGUCUUGGGUGAAAGGAAAGCGAAGCGCGAAUGAAGGGGCCAGUGCAGAUGCAACCGCACCAGAUGAGCAACAAACCACCGUUCGAUCAGAGAGCUCCUUUAGCCCUUAUCAACGCACCACCCCCACGCAAUCGGUUUCGAACAUUCACCUGCAAGAGUAUUCCUCCACUUUCCUUCAACCUGUACUACGUAACAUAUCACCCGCCUUUUCUAGCACCUCCAGUCUCAUUUUCCCUGGCCGUGAGAUAACCCCAGAAGCCUACUUCCAGCGCACGAACCGACCCCGAAAGAAUCUACAGCCACGCCAGCUUACACCACCACCAGGACUGGAAAGCGACCCCUACAUGUGGCAAGUGUGGGACCGCGGCCGUAAAAGGCAGCAGGACAAGACUGAUCGUGUGCUGGGCAAAGACAGCAUACAUAGAUCAGAUAGUGGGAAUGCUAGUUGGUAUGAUGGGUUCCAGACGAUGAUGAAGGAGGAGGAAGCAAAGGUGACCAAGGAAGAAAAGAAGGCUGAGAAGAAGGCGAGGAAGGUGAAGAAGAAAGAUGAGAAGGAGGAGCGGAUACGCAAGGAGAAUAGGGAGAAGGAAGAGCGGAUACGUAAAGAGAAUGAGGUGAGGGAGGCUUUGAGGAAAAAGGGUGAUUUCGCAGACAUACUACGAGACCUGAUCAUAACAACGGAAGGCCAAGCCGAGGAGCCGUAUUCCUAUCACGAAUGGGGCUACACCAUCUACCGCACAUGCUACACGCCAGAAUCUGAAUCGCAAUGGGAAAGUUUAACCAAAGCCAUUCAGCAAGGCGUCGAAAAAUCCCUCUCUGAGUCGCAAAACGAUGAGCCACCGACAACAUUCCAACUCUUACGUUCCCUCUUACGUCUAGACUUCCGCUCCGAUGCUUCCCUGUACGAUAGUCUUACUAUCGACCAGCUUCGCCAGACGUAUGUCAAUCCACCAGAAGAUUCUGUGCCCUCACCGAACUUCUACAAAAGCGAGCGUCUCUUCCUUGUCGCUGACGCUGAAGUUUUGCUGGAUCCCUACUUUCUGCCGAAAGAGAAUGAGACAACGAACGUACCCGUUGACAACAACACAAGCGACGUUGCAACCACGCAGAGUGUGCAGAAAUGGCAAUAUCAAUAUCACGGCUACAGCAAAUCCUCUGGUACCAAGCGACGAUGGCUCAAGUGUGUCGAGGUGGACUACGUUGCUGCGGAUCAUCAUCCGAGGAGAAGAGGGCAGGGCCCACGGCCGUAUUUUGGCUGGUUCAUGGUGACGGCGGAAAGUGUGAUGGAGCUUUGGGAGGUGUUGCUUGAUCAGGAUGUCGAGGAGAUUAAACCUAGGUUGGUUGAUGUGAUGAUUUGGGGAGGGUAUUGA